AUGCAGCACUUCAGCCCGUGCCAUCAGCUACAGAACUGCGAGCUGGAGGACGCGUGGAUUCCACGCCGUGCACGCUCCAUUCUCUUUUUCCUGGUUGUCGUCAGGCGUUCAGAACAGAGCCAGCCACCGGACGCAGGAGACAUGGGCCGGCUAACCUCUAGCUGCGAAGCCUUCGUGGUACUUCUGCUCGUAUCGACAACGUCAGGCACAGUGAUAUUCCCGGAUGCUGAGCCCUGCACGCUGGACACGGGCGAGCAGGGCCGCUGUCUGCCGCUGCCCGAGUGCCCGCCAGUGCUGGAGACGAUCAGGGAAAAGCGUCCAGUUUCGUGUGGCUUUGAGGGAUUUACUCAAAUUGUGUGUUGCCCGAAGAGUCAAGACACCACGCUAACGGAAAACGUAGUGGACAUUUCCCCUCCUCCAGAAUACGACGCACUGGAUUGCGGGAAAAGUGCGGUUAAGCUCAUCCACAGUUUCGGACCAAGUUUCGGGCUACCGGGCAGCGUCGUCUCCUUGAGCCGAAAGAGGCGAGCUAAUGUCCCCCGGCUGUCACUGGCGGAUAAAGCUCCCAUAACUAUACCGCCCCCAGUGGUUGGUGGUCAGACCUCUCAAAGGUCUGCUUGGCCAUGGAUGGCACUGAUUGGGGAAAGAGACGCAGAGGGCAUCAACUGGUACUGCGGCGGGGCGCUAAUUAAUGAAUACUGGGUCCUCACGGCGCUCCACUGCUUCCACAACAAAAAAGCCGAGGUGGUGCGUCUUGGCGAACACGAUUACAACAGCGACUUAGAUGGGGCUAACCCCGUAGACAUUCCAGUGGCAGAGGUGAUACUGUAUCCUGACUACAUUUUCCGACAGGGCUACCAUGACCUGGCCUUGCUCAGACUGGAGCGCAAAGUCACGCUGCAGACAUUCAUCUUACCAGUGUGUCUGCCUUGGGGCAAUAAGAGCGAGGAGAGCAUCGUCAACACCCAAGCAACAGUCGUGGGUUGGGGAUUAACCUUGUUCGGGGGGUUCCCAAGCUCAGAGCUGAUGGAGGUGGACGUGCAGGUGUUCCCUUCCUCCAGAUGCAACAACAGCUACUCCUCCCUCCCUCAUUACCCAGACCAGUGGCCGCGCGGCAUCGGGGAGGAGACCCUGUGUGCCGGAGAUGAAGAAGGAGGCAAGGACUCCUGCCAGGGAGACUCUGGUGGACCUCUGGUCACUCAGGACAGCCGAGGGCGCUACGUGGCGGCGGGCGUCGUGUCGCAAGGCUUCGGGUGUGGUCACAAGGAUUACCCCGGCCUGUACGCCAACCUGCGCCACCCAGCCUACCUCGCCUGGAUCAAGAAGAUGGCUUUCGCUCCUCAAUGAGGGGUGCCCGGUGACGGAGGCAAUGCUGUGGGAGGUCAGGGGGUCGAGGUGGGGGAGAGAAGAACCAUGUUUUAGCAAUCUUUACUGGCACAAAGAAAUAUUAUGUCCUCCACAAAAUACGUUUUCAAACAGAAGCACCAUUCCCAUCCACAAGUAACUGUAAACGAUUAAGCUAUGAAUUAUUUUGACUUCCUUUUUUUGUGAGGGAUUGUUAUAGGUCUUUCUCGCUUCACACACUUCGAUUAAAAAACGUGUAUGCUGUCCUCGAAGCAUGUCCCUCGUGUGAUCUCCUUGCCCAGUCCCCUUCUACCUCCACGGCUGGCCCUCAGGCGCCCCCUCAGCUAUGCCCGAUGCUCCCACACCCUGCUUGCUGAGUAGCGAGUCACGGCAUAGUGUUAGCAGACCACCAAAAUUACACAUGGCCUCAUUUACGUAAGAUCUUGGCAGGGCUUUAAUUAAUGUAAAGUCUGCGGGGAAAUAUGUCUCGUGUGCUUUCUGGUCUUGUAAAAAUGUCGCAAGAAAAAGUGGCAACAUUG